CCCAGAGGAAACAGCAAACAGACAGUCAGAGCAAUCUGAGGCAGGACCCAGUGAUGGUAUUUCUCCCCCUUUUUAGGAGCCUAAAAUUAAGUGCUACUGAUUACUUCUCUGUGAAAAAGCUGCCAUGAGUACCAAACAAACAAAAAGAACAUGGGAAGAAAAAAUAAAGAGCAUCGAAGAGUUAGCAUCUCAGUAUAAGCGAAAGCCUCUCUGCUCACGUUACAAACCACAGCUGUCCAAACCAUGGCAACCAUCCUCAGUUUGGAAGCUAUUUCAUCGGCAAACUCAAGCAUUUACCUUUGUCAAGACUUGUAAAGAGGAUGCUGUUCAUGUAUUUGCCUUGGAAAGGAAUGCUGCAAAAAAACAAAGGUUUUACCUUGUGACAACGUACACAGAGCUUUGGUUUUAUUACAGCAAACAUUAUGAAACCAGUCUUAUGCAUUGCUAUGAAGUUAUUCCAGAAACAGCUGUUUGCAAACUUUACUUUGAUUUGGAAUUCUACAUUCCAACAAAUCCAGGAGCUAAUGGGAGGCAGAUGGUAGCAGAUUUAAUAGAGUUUGUUUGUAAGAAGUUAGAUGAACACUAUGCAGUAAAAUGUUCAAUUGAAGAUGUUUUGAAUUUGGAUUCCAGCACUGAAGAAAAAUUUAGUUCUCACUUAAUAUUUCAGCUCCAGAGUGCUGCGUUUAAGAAUAACAUUCAUAUAGGUAAUUUUUUAAAAAUGAUUUUGCAACCUGCUGUUCUUUUAACCAAGAAUGAAGAUGCAAUGAUUCUAGAAAAACAGGUGGUCUCUGUUUCUCAGUGUUACAAGGCUACCACUGAUUUGCCGAAGUGUCUUGAAAACCAGAUUGUAACCAAAGAUGUGUCUCAAAGCUGUCAACUAAAUUCACACAAAGCACUGGAAAAGCAGACCUCCCAAUGGAAGGAAAACCUCGAUCUUUCUUUUUUAAUAGUAAAUGGUAAACAGGGAGGAAAGCAACUGUUUGUGGAUCUCGGAGUUUAUACAAAGAACAGAAACUUCCGGUUAUACAGGUCAUCAAAAGCAGGAAACUGUGUCAUUUUGGAUAUUGCUGAAGAUAACAAGUUUGUUCCUAAAUCUGUAAAGAAUUCAUGCAUGGAAGAGCAAUAUUUUCUUACCUCUUUGAUCUGUAACAUAAGAUUUUCAGACUGUUCCAAAAUUUUGACCUGGAACAACCCAAAGGAGACAAGAGAAAAGUCUAUUUGUUUAGAUGGCAACAUUGUGGAUAGCUGUCUAGGAGGAUGCAACUAUUCACCUUAUCCAGAAAUUGAUAAGUUUGUUCUCUCUUUAGUCAAUAAAGAUAAUGAUCAAGGAGGGAUAAGACGAUGGAAUUAUUUUUCUCUUGAACAACUUCUUGUAUAUGACAUCUUCAAUUAUCGCUGGUGUAAGAAUAUUGGCAGAGCUCACAAAAGUAACAAUAUAAUGAUUAUAAUAGAUUUGAAAAGAGAGAAUUGGUAUCAGAAAUGUCAUGACCCUAUUUGCAGAGCAGAAAACUUCAAAUCGGAAUGUUAUCCGUUACCAGCUGAGGUAUGCCUCCCAUUCCUUUUCAAAGAGGAUGAAGAAUAUAUAUACAUAAUGGAUGAAAAUGGGGACAUUGAAGAAAAAGCAAACACACAUUAUGAUCCUACAGGCUCAUCAGAAAACACAUAUUUAAAUACAGUACAAGAAAACAGGGAGUCAAACGCCAAGGAAAGUUCAAGUGUUGAAUGGGAUGAUGAGGAUGACAUCAAUUUUUUUGAAGCUUCUGAAGAUGUGGAACUAGCUGAAGCAGUAAAUAUUUUUCAGCCACAGAGAAACUGGAUUGUAGAUGAAAUACCUGAUGAGUUCUUAUUAGAUGCUUUGAGAAAACAUGAAGUUAAAGAAAUCAAAGAAUAAGUAUAUUCAGUCAGUUAGGUAUGGCUGAAUUAAGUGUUAUUAGUCAUAGAUCCUGUUAGUAGUAGCCAGACAAUUAAUGAUGUUUUCUUAAGAGGUCAUUUUAGUAUUGGCUAAUCACUAGAAAACAUUCUAAAUGUUUACU